GCGCCAGCCCCCCGGCCGGCCGAGAGCCCCCGCCGCGGCCCCCUCCCCGGCCCGCGUCCCGCGCCCGCCCGCCCCCGCCGUGCGCGCCGUCCCCCAUUCUCCCGGAUUAAUUAAGGAGGCAGCGGCAGGAGGCUGUGUCCUGGCCACGGGCCGGGGCCGGGGCGCCGCUGGCAGGAGCGCUUGGGGAUCCUCCAAGGUGACCAUGGCCUUACUGGGGAAGCGCUGCGACGUCCCCACCAAUGGCUGCGGGCCUGACCGCUGGAGCUCCGCCUUCGCCCGCAAAGACGAGAUCAUCACCAGCCUUGUGUCUGCCUUAGAUUCCAUGUGCUCAGCGCUCUCCAAGCUGAACGCAGAAGUGGCCUGUGUCGCAGUGCAUGACGAGAGCGCCUUCGUGGUGGGCACUGAGAAGGGGAGACUGUUCCUGAACGCGCGGAAGGAGCUGCAGUCAGACUUCCUCAGGUUCUGCCGAGGACCCCCGUGGAAGGAGCCGGAGGCGGAGCACCACAAGAAGGUGCCUCGGGGUGAGGUGGGCGGCCGGAACAUCCCACGGUCUACCCUGGAACAUGGCUCAGAUGUGUACCUUCUGCGGAAGAUGGUAGAGGAGGUGUUUGAUGUUCUUUAUAGUGAGGCGCUGGGAAGGGCCAGCGUGGUGCCGCUGCCCUAUGAGAGGCUACUCAGGGAGCCAGGGCUGCUUGCUGUGCAGGGGCUGCCCGAGGGCCUGGCCUUCCGGAGGCCAGCUGAGUAUGACCCCAAGGCCCUCAUGGCCAUCCUGGAGCACAGCCACCGCAUCCGCUUCAAGCUCAAGAGGCCACUCGAGGAUGGCGGGCGGGAUUCAAAGGCUCUGGUGGAGCUGAACGGUGUCUCCCUGAUAGCCAAGGGGUCUCGGGACUGUGGCCUACACGGCCAGGUCUCCAAGGGGCCUCCCCAGGACCUGCCCCCCACUGCCACCUCUUCCUCCAUGGCCAGCUUCCUGUACAGCACCGCACUCCCCAACCACACCAUGAGAGAGCUCAAGCAGGAGGCGCCUGCCUGCCCACUUGCCCCCAGCGACCUGGGCCUCGGCCGGCCCGGGCCUGAGUCCAAGACUCCCGCUGCUCAAGACUUCCCCGACUGCUGUGGACAGAAGCCCACCGGGCCUGGUGGGCCUCUCAUUCAGAACGUCCAUGCGUCUAAGCGUAUUCUGUUCUCCAUUGUCCAUGGACAAGUCAGGGCUGCCCGAGUCCUCACGGUGCGGCAGCUGGCCUCCUGGGAGAAGUGGGACGCCUUCAUAAAGGACACCGAGGACAUCAACACACUCCGGGAGUGUGUGCAGAUCCUGUUUAACAGCAGAUAUGCGGAAGCCCUGGGCCUGGACCACAUGGUCCCCGUCCCCUACAGAAAGAUCGCCUGCGACCCGGAGGCUGUGGAGAUCGUGGGCAUCCCGGACAAGAUCCCCUUUAAGCGUCCCUGCACCUAUGGGGUCCCCAAGUUGAAGCGGAUCCUGGAGGAGCGGCACAGCAUCCACUUCAUCAUUAAGAGGAUGUUUGAUGAGCGAAUUUUCACAGGGAAUAAAUUUACCAAAGACCCCACAAAACUGGAGCCUGCCAGCCCGCCAGAUGACACCUCUACGGAAGUCUCCCGGGCCUCCAUUCUUGAUCUGGCUGGGACUGCUCGGACAGACAAGAGCGGGACCUGAGACUGUGGGCCAGGAACCUCCGGGGAGCUGGGUGGGCUGCGGCCCAUCAAAAUUGAGCCGGAGGAUCUGGAUAUCAUUCAGGUCACCAUCCCAGACCCUUCACCAACCUCUGAGGAAAUGGCAGACUCGAUGCCCGGGCAUCUGCCCUCGGAAGAUUCUGGCUAUGGGAUGGAGAUGCUGACUGACAAAGGCCCCGGCGAGGACCUGCGGCCCGAGGAGAGACCUGCGGAGGACAGCCAUGGCGAUGUGAUCCGGCCCCUGCGGAAGCAGGUGGAGCUGCUCUUCAACACAAGAUACGCCAAGGCCAUCGGCAUCUCGGAGCCCGUCAAGGUGCCCUACUCCAAGUUCCUGAUGUACCCAGAGGAGCUGUUUGUGGUGGGGCUGCCUGAAGGCAUCUCCCUCCGCAGGCCCAACUGCUUCGGGAUUGCCAAGCUCCGGAAGAUCCUGGAGGCCAGCAACAGCAUCCAGUUUGUCAUUAAGAGGCCUGAGCUGCUCACCGAAGGAGUCAAAGAGCCCAUCACGGACAGCCAAGAGAGGGAUUCCGGGGACCCUUUUGUGGACGAGAGCCUGAAGAGACAGGGCUUUCAAGAGAAUUAUGACACCAGACUCUCCCGGAUCGACAUCGCCAACACGCUGAGGGAGCAAGUGCAGGAUCUGUUCAAUAAGAAAUACGGGGAAGCCUUGGGCAUCAAGUACCCCGUCCAGGUCCCCUACAAGCGCAUCAAGAGUAACCCCGGCUCAGUGAUCAUUGAGGGGCUACCCCCAGGCAUUCCAUUCCGAAAGCCCUGUACCUUUGGCUCCCAAAACCUGGAGAGAAUCCUCGCAGUGGCUGACAAGAUCAAGUUCACAGUCACCAGGCCUUUCCAGGGACUCAUCCCAAAGCCUGAUGAAGAUGACGCCAACAGACUCGGGGAGAAGGUGAUCCUCCGGGAGCAGGUGAAGGAGCUCUUCAAUGAGAAAUACGGUGAGGCCCUGGGCCUGAACCGGCCAGUGCUGGUCCCUUACAAACUGAUCCGGGACAGCCCAGACGCCGUCGAGGUCACGGGCCUGCCUGAUGACAUCCCUUUCCGGAACCCCAACACGUACGACAUCCACCGGCUAGAGAAGAUCCUGAAGGCCCGGGAGCAUGUCCGGAUGGUCAUCAUCAACCAGCUGCAACCUUUUGCAGAAAUCUGCAAUGAUGCCAAGGUGCCAGCCAAAGACAGCAGCAUCCCCAAGCGCAAGAGAAAGCGUGUCUCCGAGGGAAACUCGGUCUCCUCUUCCUCCUCGUCUUCCUCUUCCUCAUCCUCCAACCCAGAGUCCAUGGCCUCCACCAACCAGAUCUCACUCGUGCAAUGGCCAAUGUACAUGGUGGACUAUGCCGGCCUGAACGUGCAGCUGCCGGGACCUCUGAAUUACUAGACCUCAGUGCUGAAUCAGGACCUCAUUCAGAAAGACUAAAGGAAAUGUAAUUUAUGUACAAAGUGUAUAUUCGGAUAUGUAUUGAUGCCUUUUAGUUUUUCCAAUGAUUUUUACACUAUAUUCCUGCCACCAAGGCCUUUUUAAAUAAGUUAAAAAAAAAAAAGCAUUGCCUUUGCUCUU